UGUUUUUUUUUCCGUGUUCAAUUGUUUUUGAAAGUUUAUUUUCAAUCGAGUGAAUAUUUUGAACUAAAUAGUCAUAUAUUUCUUACUUUUAUUUGUCAGUUUGCUAUGAUAUUGGCAUAUGAUAAUAGAAGUUCUUCUGAAUCGGAUGAGGAUGACAUAUACGCUUGGUCAGUGAAAAAAAGAAAAAAUAAUAAUGAUCAAAAAGUAAAUAUAAGUAACGUGCAAACUGCACAUAGUCAGAAUACUCAAAAAGAUAAACCAAAUGAACCUGAUUUAACGAAUCAGUGUAAGAAAUUUGAUGAACUUAAAAAUAAGUUCACGGAUAUCAGAACUUUUUCAGCAUUAAGAUCUCGGAGGGUAGAGGAACGAAAAUCCAAGCGACUUGUUAAAAAGGCUUUGAGAGAUCCAGCUAUUAAGAAAGCUGUAGAAGAUCUUGGCAAUGCAUUUACAAGUGAAUCAGUUGCAUCUGGGAACGAAGAAGUAAAAUGGGAUGAUAUAAAACCUUUAUUAACUGUAAAUGAUCAUCUACAAGGCCCAGUAUCUCAUGGUGACUUUGGACCAAAGUAUUGUUCUCUGCCUAUUCUGUUCUUGUGACUUUUGAAACAAUAU